ACAUGGCUCCCCUUACAGAUUUAUUGUCGUGUAGCAUAAUCGAAAAAGAUUCUAACGGCGAUAUAUUGUGGACAUGGGUCUAUCCAACUGUUUCUGAAUCGCAAAGGACUGUUGUCGCGAGAAAAUGCAAUUUAGAAUUAGAGCACAAUUCUCCCCAGGUGUUCGUAUUUUCGAGAUACAAACACGCGUGGUUCUACAUACAUUGUAACGAAGUGUUCGAUUCUGACAAAUUGCCAAAAGUGAAACAGUUUGCCCUAGUUCUAUUCGCAAAAGAUUUUAAUCCACGAAAGUAUGAGGUCCUUUCGAGAGUGCUCAGCAAAAUGUACUGCAAGACUGGGAAACCUACGGAAAUAUUACAAUUGUAUCUCUCAGUAUUUACGAAAGGAUCAUGCUCCACUCAGGAGAACGGGACGUUCGUUUCCGACGACUUUAAUACUCAUUCCUUUAUAAUAAACACGAAUGCCAGGGAAAUGAUCAAGACGUUCGAACUGAAAACGAUUCUCAUAUACACUGCUCUUCUCUUAAAGAAACGGAUAAUCGUUUAUCAUCACAGUUUAGAACAACUUUUGAGGUGGAUUGGAACUUUUCCCUCAUUGAUGAAACACCGAAAUGUUACAGAUAAUCUAUUCCCAUGGAUAGAUCUAACGGAUGAUGAACUAGCAGAAUUGAAAGGACACUCGCACUACGUCGCAGGCUGUAGAAACAGUUCAGUUUCAUCGAGAACUGACUUGUUCGAUUUGCUGGUAAACAUACCAGCCAGAGAAAUCACAGUUGCGUCUCAUGCAAAAGAGAGUUUAACGAUGACAAAGACACAUAAAGAAAUAGCACUGUUCAUGAUUCAAUUGAGUGAAAAUCAGUCUUACGCGGAAGCCCAAAUAAUAUCCGAGAUCAAUGACAAGACUCAAGAUUUACUGAAUCAGCUGAAAUCGUUAGCUGUCCUUCAAGGACCCGAUGGUCAGAAAAUGGUUUCCGCACAAACAUUAAAAGAAAAAAAUUUACCACCCGCGGUAGAAAAUUUCCUGAUCAACUUGGCCGUGGCAGAAAACUUGUUUCUACUGUAAUAUGACACUGUCUUCAUAUUUUUGUACAUAUAUUUAAAGAAUCUUACACAAUAAAUAUAUCGACGUGUUAAUUGUAAAACUCAUUCCCAAAUUGCGAAUAAUAAUUUGAAUUGAAAAGA